UUGUUGCCACGCGCCAAAAACAAAGAGCAGUGAUGAAAAGGCCCGAAUCGAGCGGCAAUUUGUGUGAUCUACCUCAGCUUCAAUUCUAACAAACUUUUGUGAAUCUGAUCCGAAAACCAUGGGAGCAUCAGAUGAUAGGAAUGAAGAGCCAAUCCCAUUAUUGCAAUUAGGACUGCCAUCGCCGCUUCCUAUGGCUGUGGAUGACGACGACGACUUGUUCAAAUCCGACGAAACAGUCAACUCUUCCGAUCAUAAAAGAACUGGGAAUACAUGGACCGCGUCGGCGCAUAUCAUAACGGGAGUGAUAGGGUCCGGCGUGCUGUCGCUGGCAUGGAGCAUGGCGCAGUUGGGCUGGAUCUGGGGCCCUCUUUUGAUGCUGCUUUUCGCCGCUGUUACGUUGCUUUCUUCCUUCCUCAUCUGCAACUGCUACAGAUCUCCCGAUCCUGACUAUGGCCCUACCAGGAAUAGAUCUUACGUUGCUGCUGUUCAAUGUAACUUAGGGAAGAAGAAUGCUUGGAUAUGUGGACUGCUUAUACAGAUGAAUCUCUACGGAACAGGAGUUGCGUAUACUAUUACUACUGCUCUCUGCUUGAGAGCAAUAGAGAGAUCAAAGUGUGACAAGGAGAAUGGAUCUGGUGCUUCAUGUGAUUCAGGAAAUGGAUGGUACAUGCUGUUAUUUGGAGUAGUUCAAAUCUUCAUGUCACAGAUUCCUGAUUUCCAUAGCAUGGUGUGGGUGUCCAUAGCUGCUGCAAUCAUGUCUUUUGCGUAUUCCUCAAUCGCUUUGGGGCUCGGAGCAGCAAAAGUUGUAGGAAAUAGGGCAAUCCAGGGCAGCCUAGUUGGAGUUUCGACUUCCACUGCAAUGCAGAAAGUAUGGCGAGUUUCUCAAGCAGUUGGUGACGUUGCAUUUGCCUAUCCAUACACCAUGAUCGUACUCGAAAUACAGGAUACUCUGAAAUCCCCUCCAUCGGAGAGAAAGACCAUGAAGAAGGCAUCAGCUGUUUCAAUCUGCAUCACCACAUUCUUCUAUCUGAGCUGUGGAGGCUUUGGUUAUGCAGCCUUUGGAGACGAGACGCCUGGUGAUCUCCUGACAGGUUUCGGGGACUUCGGGCCCCGCUGGCUCAUCAACUUCGCCAACGCCUGCGUGGUUCUUCACUUGAUUGGAGGGUACCAGGUAUAUUCUCAACCAUUGUUUGCAAUGGCGGAUAAAUGGAUGGCUGAUCAGUUUCCGAGAAGCUCAUUUGUCGCCACAAACCACAUUGUGAAGCUGCCACUGCUGCCGCCCUUGAGCUUAAAUGUGCAGAGGCUGGUUUUCAGGACGGCGUACGUGGCAUCGACGACGGGAGUAGCGAUGAUGUUUCCUUACUUUAACCAGGUGUUAGGAGUGCUAGGAACCAUAAACUUUUGGCCCUUGUCCAUAUAUUUUCCGGUGGAAAUGUGGCUAAGGCAGAAUAAGGUUAGUCCAUGGUCCAAAAUGUGGACCAUUUUCAGGAGUUUUAGUGCAGUUUGCUUUUUUGUAACUGUAUAUAUUUUUGCUGGAUCCAUUCAAGGAAUCUUGGCUGCUCGUUUUAGCUAGCAACUCUGUUUCGUAAAAAUAGGAUUUAAACAUUAUUUUUAAAAUAUAUAUACUAUUUUAUACUUCAA